UCUUAGGUAAUGGUCACACUCACUGAAAAAUUGCUAGUCGCUUGUAAACAACAAAAUUCUAAGUAUUCGCUAAUUAGUAAAAAUUAUGGGUGUAACUGUGCUGCAACCGUAUCCUCUGCCAGAAGGAAAAUCGGGUGCGCACAUUAUCGAUCUGCUGGGAAAACGGUUACUUUCGCUUGGCGCCACACAUGCCGGUCAAUUUCUCGUCGACUGCGAAACAUUUAUCUCAACGCCGCAACAACACAAUGGAGCGCCAGGACGAGCCGUACAUGUCCUGCACAAUUCGGAAUAUCCCGCCUCGACGUUCUCGAUCAUCGACAACGGAACCGGCAAACAGGUGGCCCUCGUCGCCGACAACAUAUUCGAUCUACUUAUGCUCAAGAUGACCAACACCUUCACCUCCAAGAAACAGACGAAAAUCGAGUCCAGAGGCGCCCGUUUUGAAUACGGUGAUUUCGUUAUCAAACUGGGAUCGGUUACCAUGAUGGAGCACUUUAAGGGCAUCCUGAUUGAAAUCGAGUACAAGUCGUGUGUGAUUCUGGCCUACUGCUGGGAGAUGAUCCGGGAAGUGUUGCAGGGAUUCCUGGGCAUUGGAGUUGGUAAGGACUUCCCUUCCUACUUUGCACCGCAGACGAUAAUGACGGCUAUGGGGCAGCAGCAGCUGCAUGCGAAGCACAACGACAUCUACGAGCCGAUGGACACGGUGAAACAGUACCUAGAGCAGUUCACCAACUACCGGAAACACGUGGCCCUGCUCGGCGGCAUGGGGAGUGGUCCCGGUGGGCCACAGGUGGGUCCGCCCGUUCAUAUGUCGCCCUCGGUGGUGGGGAUGGGUCGACCCUGAUCCGCUGAUGUUAAACUGGAGCCGCCGGAUGUCCCAGUAGCAGAUUAAACUGAAUAUUACCAAGGAAACCCAUUAUCUCGGAUUAAGUAACAUAGGUAAUUUUAUGCAAUUGCAUUGGCAAAAAUAUUUCCCUUUUUUCUUACAAAAUUUAAGUUGUUAAUCCAUGAAUAUUAUUAAGAAAAUGCAUAUAUUUUAAUAUACGGUUUAUAAGAUUGAAAGCCUGGGCAUUAUGGCCCAUUUUUUAGGGACCCUCUGGCGUCGCGACUUUUGUUUUAUUAUGUGAAAAAUAAGUCUGGGGAUAUAUUGUGUAUCUAGAAAAUUAUUCGAUUGUGUAAAACUUAGCAUUAAUGUAAAUAUUGUGUGACAUUUUAUUAUUCAAUAAAUGUUAAUAAAAAACAAGAUAUUUAAGGGAAA